AUGGAGAGCGAGCCAGGGAUCGUCUCGCCGUUCAAACGGGUGUUCCUGAAAGGGGAGAAGGGGCGCGACAAAAAAGCGCAGGAGAAGGUCACCGAACGGAGGGCGCUCCACACCGUGUCGUCGGCCGGAUUCCCGGAUCGCUUCGAGCCGGACGUCCUGCUGAACGACUACAUCGAGAAGGAAGUGAAGUAUUUGGGCCAGUUGACAGUUCCCGGCUACCUGAAUCCCUCCAGCCGGACGGAAAUCCUGCAUUUGAUCGACAAUGCCAAGCGCGCUCACCAGCUGCCCGGCCAGCUGAGCCACGAGCACGACGCCCUGAUCAGCCUCUCGGCGUACAACGUCAAGCUGGUCUGGCGGGACGGCGAGGACAUCAUCCUCCGGGUCCCGAUCCACGACAUCGCCUCGGUCUCCUACAUCCGGGACGACUCCUCACACCUGGUGGUGUUGAAAACGGCUCAGGACCCCGGCAUCUCCCCCAGCCAGAGUCUGUGCGCCGAGAGUUCGAAAGCUCUCACCUCGGGGUCCCUGUCCGAGAGCGGGGUGGCGCCCGUCGAAGCCUGCUGCCUGGUGAUCCUGGCCGCGGAGAACAAGGUCACCGCCGAGGAACUCUGCUCCCUCCUCAGCCAAGUCUUCCACAUCGUUUACACCGAGUCUACCAUCGACUUCCUGGACAGAGCAAUAUUUGAUGGGGCCACCACACCCACCCGGCAUCUGUCGUUACACAGCGGUAGGAGGAAAGGACGUACCUCCUCCACUGAAUUCCCUUCCCUCUUCUUCCUCCUCCUCCGAGGUCUCCGUCCCUUCAUCCCGGAGAAGGACAGCCAAUACUUUGAGAACUUCCUAGAGACCAUCGGCGUGAAAGACGGACGGGGGAUCAUCACGGAUAGCUUUGGCCGAUACCGCUGGACGGUGAGAACCAUCUCCAACUCCACCACCAACGGCAACGGCGCCGCCGGCAGCUCGGACGACCAGUCGGUGCCGUCGGAGGGGGACGAGUGGGACCGGAUGAUCUCCGACAUCAGCAACGACAUCGAAGCUUUGGGGUGCAGCUUGGAUCAAGAUUCGUCCUGA